AUGACCACAAGAGGACUCGAGUCGCGCUUCGAGCGGCUGGCCGUCACCGACGAGAAUGACCCUGGAGAGAAUAUGCGCCUGUACCAGAAGACGAAGACGGUUGAGCCAUCAACCACGCGCUAUUCUACUCAGCCCAUGAAACCCAAAAACCUCUUCAAGAUCGCCCUGCAGUCACAAAACGCCAACAGCGCCAACACCCUCAAGACCACAGUAACCUUGCCGUCUCAGGCAGCGCAACGAAGCCACCCCAUGACACCAACCAACCCGCCAUCACCGAGGAAGGAAAGGGAUGCCAGGAAGGAAAGGGAGAAGCCCUCUGGCUCCGCCUCCGCAUCCUCCACAUCAGCUACAAUUUCCUCCGCAAAAUCCAGGCCCUCACCGCCAACCUCUACCAAGUCAACCUCCAGCACAUCAACAUAUAGCUCUAAGCACGACUAUUAUGAUGCGGAGCAGCAGGUAAAUGAACAGCCCGAUGAAGAAACAGAGGAAUCACAAAAGGAGGAGCAACAACAAGAGGAGGAAACCGCCGUCGUUCCCGCGCCACAAAUAGAAAAGCCUGUGGUCAAGAACUUCCACCUUGGCAUGUUCGAGAUUGGGCGGCCGCUGGGCAAGGGCAAAUUCGGGCGAGUGUAUCUGGCACGCGAGCGCACAAGUGGCUUCAUAUGCGCGCUCAAGGUGCUCUACAAGUCAGAGCUCCAGCAAGGGUCUGGCGUGGAGAAGCAGGUGCGCCGCGAAAUCGAGAUUCAGUCGAACCUGCGGCACCCCAACAUCCUGAAGCUGUACGGCCACUUCCAUGACAGCAAACGCAUCUUUCUCAUCCUUGAGUACGCAGGCAAGGGCGAGCUGUACAAACAUCUGCGGCGCGAGGGCCGCUUCCCUGAAUGGAAGGCGGCCCAGUAUAUUGCGCAGAUGGCGUCGGCGCUCAAGUACCUGCACCGUAAGCAUGUCAUCCAUCGCGACAUCAAGCCCGAGAACAUCCUUGUCGGUAUCCACGGCGAGAUCAAGAUCUCUGACUUUGGCUGGAGCGUGCACGCGCCCAACAACCGCCGCAAGACCCUGUGCGGCACUCUCGACUACCUGCCGCCCGAGAUGAUCCGCUCGGGCAGCAAGGAGAACUGGUACAAUGAGAAGGUUGAUCUAUGGAGCUUGGGGGUCUUGACCUACGAGUUCCUCGUUGGCGAGGCGCCGUUCGAGGACACUCCCAUCAUGACGCAGCGGCGUAUCGCCAAGGCUGAUAUGACCAUCCCUCAGUGGGUGAGCAAAGAGGCCCAGGAUCUCAUUAAGAGGCUCCUGGUCCUUGACCCCGAGAAGCGGCUCUCGCUCGACGAGGUCCAGAACCACCCUUGGAUCAUCAAGCACUGUGUCAAGGGCGAGCGUGCAGCCAAUAGGGAGAAGCCGCUCAAAUGA